AUGGCGCCCUCCUUCGUAACCCUCGACACGACCCCCGACUUCGACUUCACCCCCGCCACCACAACCACAACCACCACACCCACACCCACGAUGCAAUCCUCAACCCGCACCCUCCUUCUCGCGCCCCCCUCCAUAGCAUCCCACCCCCACAAACUCCAAUCCCUCCUCGCAACCCACGACCGUACCACAACAGACCUCCAAAUGCUCGACCGCCUCUCCGCCCGCCUCGUCGCCCUCCCCCCCCAAACCUACGACUCCGUCCUCGUCCUCACAGACGCAGACGGCUCCCGCGUCGAAUCCACCGCCCUCCUCGCCGCCGACCGCGGCGCCGUCCUUUCCGCCGUCGCAGAGGCCCUCAAGCCCGGCGCCCACGUUAAAGCCCAAGACGGCGGUAACCUCGCAAACGACCCCGCCGUCGCGCGCGAGGCCGUCCUCGCCGGUCUCGUUUCGGGAGGAGGUGGCUUCACGAAGCCGGAUUACGGUGACGAUCAGGUCGUUUCGUUGAGCUUUGGCAAGAAGAAGAAGAAGCUUGGCGUCGUCAAUGGUGACGGUGCCGUAUCCCUGAACAACGGCGGUGCUGUGUCCUUGAACAACGGAGGCGCCGUCUCCCUCACCAGCAAGCCCUCCACCGCGCCUCCCGUCUCCGCGCCCCCCGCAGGCGUAGGCUUCGUCGACUUCAGCGACGACCUCGACAUGGACGACGGCGACGACGACGACCUCAUUGACGAGGACACCCUCCUCACAGACGCAGAUCUCUCGCGCCCCAUCAACAUCCCCCCCGAAUGCGCCCCCAAAGCAGGAAAACGCCGCCGAGCCUGCAAAGACUGCACCUGCGGCCUAGCAGAGCGCCUCGCAGCCGAAGACGACGCUGCCCGCGCCUCCGCCGACAAAGCUCUCGCGGCCGUAAAGCUCGGAACGGACGACCUCGCCGAAGUCGACUUUACGGUCCAAGGAAAAGUCGGCUCCUGCGGCAACUGCGCCCUCGGCGACGCCUUCCGGUGCGACGGGUGCCCGUACAUUGGCCUCCCGCCCUUCAAGCCCGGCGAGGAGGUGCGGAUCCUCAAUAAUGAUAUCCAAUUGUAA